CGAUGGCCUACGCCGUAUGGUGCUCGCUCAUUUCAGAGCGUUUGCUUGGCUCCGCAAAACAACAUGACACGGUGUAUUCCGAAAGUACGUUUGGUUGAUCCGAAUUGCCAGGAACGACCGUCUUGAGUAAGGAGCUGGAAAUUGGAGCGGCCGCCAGAAAGCCGAAGCUCAAACGGCUACACAGUACUUACUCUGUACCCAGCCCAGAUUCGUUCGGCGUGCUCGGCUUUGUUUCCAUCCGCCGUGACGAACGGGGCGGUCGCAGCGCUCUCUCUUCCCCUUCGGGACCCAAUCGCUCUCGACUUUCAAACUUCUCGAAUUGCUCAUAUCGGCCUGUGUCGAGGCGUGCAAUAGUCACCAAAUGGCUGGUUCCGGAGCUUCUCCGGCGGUGCCGGGAGCUCCGCAUCAGGGUGAGAAGCGCUCAUACCCGGUGUUAACACGCCGGGAGAUUGAAGCACAGAUUGCCGAGGGGAGGUGCAUCUUCAUCCUGGACCAGUAUGUGAUCAAGGCAGACGCCUGGCUCAAGUAUCACCCGGGAGGGGAAAAGGCCAUCAUGCACGUGGUGGGCAAGGAUGCCACGGAUGAGGUGAACGGCCUACAUUCGCCCGAGGCCCGCCGCAUGAUGGACAAGUACCGCAUCGGCAGGAUCGAGGGCCGUUGGAAGAACUUCCUCCCGCCGAUCCAGGGCGGCAAGUUCAGACCCAGGAUUAAUGACGGGGAAGAGGAGCAAGAAGAAGAGUACGAUGGCAGCCUCGUCAUUCAACAGCAGCAGCAACAACAACGACAACGACAACAAAAACGACAAGAGCUAACCCCGCGGGACGGCACGUCGUCUUCGACCUCGCCGUCCUCGUCGAGCAGUGCUAGCUCUCGCUCGCCCUCGCCGACCUUCGACAGCGAGGAAGCCGCGCCCGGCCUUGGCCUUCGCAGGCGCAAGCCGGAACUUUCGAGGUCAGACUCGGUAACGUCCCUGUCGUCCGUCGACGAUGACGGCGAGGAAGGCGAGGCCGCCGCGCCGAAAUCUGUGGAUGGCAUGGCGCAUCUGGAUGCUCUCACCCGGAAGGAGAUCAAGCUUGACCUGGCCAAGUACCCAUCGGUCGAGCCUGAGACGCAGGACGCCAUUGUGGAAAAAUACCGGCGCCUGCACGAGCGCAUCAAGGCCGAAGGCCUCUACGAAUGCAACUACCGAGCCUACGCGAUCGAGGCGUCGCGGUACACGCUCCUGUUCGGCCUCAUGCUGGUCUGCCUGCGGUGGAAGUGGUACGUGGCCAGCGCCUUCUUCUGCGGCUGUUUCUGGCACCAGCUGGUCUUCACGGCGCACGACGCGGGUCACAUGGGCAUCACGCACAACUUCCAGGUCGACACGGUGAUCGGCAUCCUCGUCGCCGACUUCCUCGGCGGCCUCUCGCUCGGCUGGUGGAAGCACAACCACAACGUGCACCACAUCGUCACCAACGCGCCCGAGCACGACCCGGACAUCGAGCACCUGCCCUUCCUGGCCGUCUCGCACCGCUUCCUGGGCUCGCUGCGGUCGACCUACUACGAGCACGUCAUGCACUACGACGCCGUCGCCAAGGUCAUGAUCUCCCUCCAGCACCGCCUCUACUACGUCAUCCUGCUCUUUGGCCGCUUCAACCUCUACCGCCUCUCGUGGAUGCACCUGCUGGCCGGCAAGGGCCCGCGCAAGGGACCGGCGGCCUGGCACCGCUGGCUCGAGCUGGCCGGGCAGGUCUUCUUCUGGGCCUGGUACGGCUACGGGAUCGUCUACCGCAGCAUCGACACCAACUGGCACCGCUUCCUGUUUGUGCUGGUCAGCCACUGGGUGACGACGCCGGUCCACGUCCAGAUCACCCUGUCGCACUUUGCCAUGAGCACGGCCGACCUGGGCGCGACCGAGUCGUUCCCGCAAAAGAUGCUGCGCACCACCAUGGACGUCGACUGUCCCGCCUGGCUCGACUUCUUCCACGGGGGCCUGCAGUUCCAGGCCAUCCACCACCUCUUCCCCCGCAUCCCGAGGCACAACCUGCGGAGGACCCAGAAGCUGGUGCAGGAGUUCUGCGACGAGGUCGGCAUCCCCUACGCGCUCUAUGGCUUCGUGGACGGGAACAAGCACGUCAUCGGCCGCCUGGCCCAUGUCGCCAGGCAGGCCGCCAUCCUGUCCAAGUGUCAGAGCGUGUUGGCUUCGGGCGAGCUGGGCCAUCAUCACUGAGGUGUUAUUGUUUUUUUUUUUUUUUUUUCCAAAGUCAAGACAAUGUUAUGUUCAAGAGGGGAGUUGAAUGGGAGGAGGUGAGGAGGGAAAAGAAGGGAAGGGAAGGUGAAAGGAAACGAAGAAGGAGAAGGGGAAGGGGAAGGGAAGUCAAAUGGCAGCUUAGGUUUUGUACUCUUUUUCUGCGGGAUCGGGCACGUAACUAAUUUAAUGUAUGGGUGAAAAUAAAGUAGGUAAUUGAUAUUGCGUUUCAACAUUGACCUGCCGUCGUCUCUCUGUUCACAAUGUCCCAUUCUGCCUCAUCUGGAGCCUGAAUCACGCGGGUAGAACUGUUUUUGGGCUCAC